AUGGUCAAAGAGGUCAUCACACAGGCACCAGUCUUAAAAUACUUUGACCCAGCAAAACCGGUUACGCUGCAAGUUGAUGCUUCAUCAAAGGGAAUUGGCAUGGUACAUUUUAGUCGGUUUGGCAUACCUGAACAACUUAAAUCGGACAACGGACCACUAUUCACAUCCGAGCCAUUUAGCAAUUUUGCUAGAGACUGGCAUUUUACGCACGUCACGUCAAGCCCACAUCAUCAAAGUUCAAACGGACUGAGUGAGAUAUACGUUAAGCUUGCAAAACGCAUACUACAAAAAGCAAAAGACGCUAACUGUGACCCCUACUUGCCUCUUCUAGAACACAGAAAUUCCCCAUUACCUGCAAUUGGUUAUAGCCCUAGCCAACUCCUACAAGGACGUAGGCUAAGAUCAAUUCUCCCAGCAACUCAUGAACAGUUAUCUCCAAAGCCUGUCAAUGCAAAGAAAGCCCGGGAAAAUAUGCAGAAACAACAAACAAGGUCAAAAUUUUAUUAUGACAGAUCCACACGAUCACUCCCUUCCCUGCAAUCAGGGGAAAAUAUCACAUUUCAGAAAACCUCGGGAGAAAAAUGGGAACCAGGGAAAGUGCUUGAACAGCACAACGAAAGGUCAUACAAAAUUCAAGCAUCCGAUGGCGCGAGAUACAGGCGCAAUCGCAUGUUCAUUAGAAAGUUCAAAUCAAAUCAUGCAAAUUCGCUCCAAAAUAAUACCAACAACAAUCCCCCACUGAGAACCCCUGAUACCACUCUGCCCAGCAUCAAGGACAAAUCCAAAAAUGCUUACAGUUAUGUAACACGAUCUGGUCGGAGUGUGAGAAAAUCGCUCAGAGCUUUCCCAAGCAGCGAUUGGGUAGUUUAA